AUGAUUUCCUUGCGAUUUCUAUUGUCGUCUGUUUUUAGUCACAGACCAUUUUAUUUUCAGUCUUUUUCUCAUCCUGAGCGUUCUUCCAUCUAUCUAUCUAUCUAUCUAUCUAUCUAUCUAUCUAUCUAUCUAUCUAUCUAUCUAUCUAUCUAUCUAUCAAAACGCUUACAGCUCGUUAACCAUCAUAUUAAACUGAACAACUUUUUUCUUUCUUUCUUUCUUUUUCUUUCUUCUUUCUUUCUUUUCUUUCUUUCUUUCUUUCUUUCUUCGCUUUUUUUAUUCACCCUUUCUUGGUUCUUCAAUUGGUCUUCACUUAUUUUUUUCGAAGGAUUCUUUCUUUCUUUCUUUUUUAAAUGUCCCGACGAAUCCUUUUUUCUCUCGCUUCUUUUUUAUGGUCUUUCUCCUUUCUCUCUUUCACGCUCUCUUUUCUCUCUUUCACUCCCACUUUUCUCUCUUUCCCUCUCUCAUUUCUGUCUUUCUUUCUCUCUCUCUCGCUCUCUCCUUUCUCUCUCUCACUCUAUAAUUUCUCUCUUUCGGGCCCCCCGUUCUCUCUCUCACUCUAUGCUUUAUCUCUUUCACUCUCUCCUUUCUCUCUUUCAUAGUUUUCUUUCUUUCUCUUCUCUUUUCGUUUUUUCGUUUUUUCAUAUAUCUAUGGCUUUUUCCUCUUUUUUUUUUCUUUUUUUUUCUUUCUUUCUUUCUUUUUUUCCUUUCUUUUUUUCUUUUACGUAA